CUCUACAGAUCGUUUCUGCUAUCAGUUGAACAUGCAUGCUUCUCGCUGUCGCCAAUAGGGCAAUGAAUAGGCUACACAUCGACAUCAAUGGAAGCCUGAUAAAUAGUUUGACCACACUUUAUCAGCAGAAAAAGAAAGGGACAGUAUUUCUCUGGACCAUAUAGCCUACACCUGGCAUUUUUUUCUUCUCAAACAAGAGCAGAUACAGUAGGUGACUCUGUGCCCUAUGACAGAGUGUUCUUCAGUGUUACCUCAGUUCCAGGAGUCCCAGCAGGACAUGGACGGGGAGUCGAGGCGUUCAGAAUAUCACCAACAGCCCAUGACACCGAGACAGUUUCAGGACUGGCGGAACAGUCUAGGCAAGAGUUCAGCACCAGACCAGAAUAGACUAAACCUGCAAGGUCUUGACCAGGGUCCAGCACAAGACAAGGAAACACUGCCAGGUCAUGACCAGGGUCCAGCACAAGACAAGGAAACACUGCCAGGUCAUGACCAGGGUCCAGCACAAAAUAAGGAAACACUGCCAGGUCAUGACCAGGGUCCAGCACAAAAUGAGGAAACACUGCCAGGUCAUGACCAGGGUCCAGCACAAGACAAGGAAACACUGCCUGGUCUAGAACAGGGUCUAUCACAAGACAAGGAGAGACCGCAAGGUCUAGACCAGGGUUUAGUGCAAGAUGAGGAAACACUGCAUGGUUUUAAACAGGGACCAGCACAAGACCAGGCGAGUCGGAAUUACUUCCAUCAAGUCCAGGAUCAGGAUCGUUCACUAGGCUCCAAUAAAUGCACAGCAGAAGAACAGGAUCCUUCCAUAAAGGUCUCAGUCCAGGAUGAGGAUCCACCAGGGAACCAGGACUAUCAAUGUAAUUUAGUCCUGGGGCAAUGCACAGCUCAUAGAGCAGACCAGGGUGAAAACAGGCUGAGUGGUGUGAACCAGGAUCCAGUAUAUUUUGGUCCCGCACAAGACCACAGCAGCCCUCAUGACAUCCCCAUUCUGGUGUCAGCUGGGAACCAGAACCAAACACAGGACUCAAUCCAUGAUCUAGCUGGUGGAAUGGAUCUACCACACUGCACAGAUCCAAAUCCAACCCCAAAACAGGACCAAGAGAAACUGCUUGGGACAGACCAGGAGCAGGCCCCAGUGGACCCAGAUAGACGACUUAACCAAAACCAGGACCACACCACAGAUGAGGCUUGUGGGGAAGAUGCGGCAGGGGAACAAGGCGCCUGUAUCCCAGCGGUGGUGAUCACUCAGACAGAAGGGAGCCGGGGGCAAGUGGUGAAUCAAGGUGGAGAGACAGCGCCAGAGGUAACAGAGAGAGUGGAGGCUGGACCACUGUGGCCACAGACACCAGCAGAGAGGCCAGAGAUACCAACAGGACCAGAGAGACCACAAGAACUAGCAAUCGCAACCAUGAUUCCAGUGACCACUUUAGACCUCAGCCCCAGCCCUCUCAGUGCAGACCUCAGUCCCAGCCCUCUCAGUGCAGACCUCAGUCCCAGCCUCAUCGAAGGGGGGGACCUACUGGCCUGCUGUGAUCUGCUGUCCCUGAAGAGUGACACUGUGUCCCUGGCCAGGAGCGAGGGAUAUGUCCAGGAAGAAGAUACAAGAAGUGUGGCUGCAUCCUCUGUCAUGUCUGUGUUCCCCAGGAUUCAGUUGGAUCCUCUGGAGAAGGACUGGCUACGAUCCUGUGCCCUGGGGAACACAGCUGCUCUCCGACAGCUCCUCACACAGGACCCCAGCCUGGCCUCAAAGAAGGACUUCAUCACUGUAAGUAGCCUCCAGUAUUUCUCCUACCAUCCUCCCUUCCUCUCUUCCUGGCCCUAA